GAACUUCUGACUCCCACUUUUAUGAGAAACAAAACAAAAUAUUUGUUUAUUUAUGCCCAUAAUUCAACUUCAAUUUCAAUCCAUGUUUUUUUUUGGCAUGUAAUUUAAUCUGUGAUGACAUCUCAAAUGUUCCUUUUUUUUUUUCUCUCUCUCCUUCUCUGUGUGUGUGUGUGUGUUUUUGUAAGCUAGCUUUUUCUCUCUCAUCUCAUGUUCAUCUCUCUGGCUGUGGCAGAGCUUUUGAACAGCGGAUGGAGACAUGGGGGCGUGGGGGAUGGAUUGGAUCCUUAACUUUUUCACGCUCCUUCAUUAGCUUGGCUUUUGUCCUUCCAAAUCCAAAUCUUAUUCUCAAUCUAAAUCCCCCUGCCUUUGCUUUUAGAUUUUAGAGUUUAGAUUUUAGAUUUUAGAUUUUCUUUCGGUGGCAUUAACCAUGUCGAUGUCUGCAGCUUUCGGAUUAUCGUUAGUAUUAUGUACCAUCUACUCAAUUCUGCGGCUAAUGACUCCAUCCAUUUUUCUCCUUCUACCAUUCUCAUCUUCGUAUUAAUGUCAUUAUUUCGUUAUUUUCUCUUUCUUUUGUUUUUAAGGGCUCUCUGUUCGUUCUGGGAUUCUACUAUUUUAGUCUGUUGAUUCUGUAGGAUCAUUUUUCGUCAAGAAUCUGUUGUUGACAGUGCCUCCUUUUUAUUUUUCCUCCUCGAGACCCGUUAUUGGGUUCAGGGUUCUCUUUGUCUUGAUUUUCUAACAUCAUCUUAAGCACUGAUACCAUUCCAUUUUGGUGUUUAUACAUCUUACCCGGAAAAAAAAAAUGCUGUUUGGAUUGUGUGAGGAUAGAAGCAGGCUGAGGCUGCUGCUGCUGUUGCUUCCUUUCUUGCUUUCUUUCUUUAUUGUAAAUUUUUUUAAAAAACAAAAAAGUCUCGAGCUCUAGCUUCUCGUCUUCUAUCUCAAGUCUUCCAACCUAUCUUUCAAAUAUAUAUUCGCAUCUCUUUGUUCUGGGAUAUCCAAGUUCAAAGAUAGCUGUGAGGGUCGUGUGUUCAUUGAUUUCCUUAUUAUCAUUAAUAAGCUAGCUGGGGAGCAAGAAGAAGAAGAAGGUAGUAGUGUAAAGUGUAAACUAAGAAAAAAAUGAAGAAGACGACGAAUGGGUUGGGGUGGUUGGGGAGAGAGAUGGUGGCGGGAGUAGCGGUGUGGUUGUGUUGUUUAGUGUGUGGGGGGAGUGGGAUUGGAGCCAACUGGGGGACGCAGGCCACCCACCCUCUGCCUCCGGACACAGUGGUGGGGCUGCUGAAGGAGAAUGGUAUUCAGAGGGUGAAGCUGUUCGAUGCUGAUUAUGGGGCUUUGAAGGCUCUGGGGAAGUCUCAGAUUGAGGUCAUGGUUGGCAUUCCCAACGACAUGUUGUCUUCUCUUGCUGCCAGCCUCAAGGCCGCUGAGAAAUGGGUUGCCUCUAACGUCUCUACCCAUAUUUCCUCCAAUGCUGUCAACAUCAGGUAUGUUGCAGUUGGGAACGAGCCUUUCCUGGAAACAUACAAUGGAAGCUUUCUCAAUACAACUUUCCCUGCUCUCCAAAAUGUUCAGUCUGCCCUGAUAAAGGCUGGUCUUAGCAGCCAAGUGAAAGUUACUGUUCCACUCAAUGCUGAUGUGUAUGAGAGCUCGAGUGGCAUCCCAUCUGGUGGGGACUUUCGAACAGACAUCCACGACCUCAUGCUUGCUAUUGUAAAGUUCUUGAGUGACACUGGUUCCCCCUUCACUGUGAACAUCUACCCCUUCAUAAGCCUCUACAGUGACUCCAGUUUCCCUGUUGAGUAUGCCUUCUUUGAUGGCAAUGCAUCACCUUUGAAUGAUGGGGGGACAUACUACUACAACAUGUUCGAUGCAAAUCAUGACACUCUUGUGUGGGCGCUACAAAAGAAUGGAUAUGGAAACUUACCAAUCAUAGUCGGAGAAAUUGGGUGGCCUACUGAUGGAGACCAAAAUGCUAACCUAAACAAUGCCCAACGGUUCAACCAAGGGUUUAUGUCUCAUAUUUUAGGUGGGAAAGGUACUCCAAUGAGACCUGGCCCCAUUGAUGCCUAUCUAUUUAGUUUGAUUGAUGAGGACGCUAAGAGCAUUGAUCCAGGGAAUUUUGAGCGACACUGGGGAAUAUUUACUUUUGAUGGAAUACCCAAGUACCAACUUAAUCUAGGGACCACCAAUUCGGGAUCUUUGGCUCGAGCAAGAAAUGUCCACUAUCUGGAGCGCAAGUGGUGUGUAAUGAAGCCAUCAGCUAGCCUUGAUGACCCACAAGUUGCACCAAGUGUUAACUAUGCCUGUGGCCUUGCCGACUGCACCAGUCUUGGUUAUGGAACAUCAUGUGCAAGUUUGGAUGCUCGUGGGAACAUUUCAUAUGCCUUCAACAGUUACUAUCAAAAAAAUAAUCAGCUGGAUGCUGCCUGCAAGUUCCCAAAUGUUUCAAGUAUCACCAGAACGGAUCCAUCCGUAGGAGGAUGCAGGUUUGAGAUCAUGAUCCAGCCAUAUUUUGCAGGAGCUGACCCUAGACACACCCAGAGGCGAUUCAGUUUGUUCCCGGCCUUCAUCUACUUUUUGCUCACAACUCUGUGAUCAAGGGUUUUAUUGUAUGAAAUGUCAAGAUUUUUGCUCCAUUAUUCUUGCUUGCUUUCUAGGGUACAUACCUAGUAUUGUAUGUAGAAGCUAAAGGCAAUGGAUGAAAAAUAAAAGCUAAGUAGCUAGAGUAGGUGAAAUUUUGCAACCUGGGAGGUGAGCACUACUUAAUAUCUAUUUGCCAAGCUUGAAAUUGAAUUUCUUUACUUCAGAAACUGAUGCUGCAGUACAGAUUAAUUGCCAUACUUGGUAACUUAGCU